UGUUGUUUGCGGAAAUGAUCAUCAGAGGGCGAAGGUUGUCCAGGCACGAUGGAGGUGCGCAGGAAGCUGCUGAACUCUGUGGACAGGUGUGUGGACGAGGCUCUGGAGGGUCUGGUUAGGAGUCACGGGGGUCUGGUGCUGCUGCGGGGCCACAGGGUUGUGCUGCGCUCUGAUCUGCAAAGCAUUAAGGGAAAGGUAGCCCUGCUGUCUGGAGGAGGAUCUGGCCAUGAACCCGCUCAUGCAGGCUUCAUUGGAGAGGGAAUGCUGUCCGGAGCAGUGGCCGGAUCAGUGUUUGCUUCUCCUCCUCCCGGAAGUGUGUUGGCCGCCAUUCUGACCCUGUGGAAAGGAGGAGCUUCAGGCGUCCUGCUCAUCGUCAAGAACUACACAGGAGACCGGCUAAACUUUGGCAUUGCUGUAGAACAGGCCCGGUCACAGGGUGUCCCGGUGGACAUGGUGAUUGUGGCCGAUGACUGUGCCUUCACUCAGCCUAGCAAGGCUGGACGGAGAGGAUUGUGUGGAACCGUGUUCAUCCACAAGUUAGCAGGAGCUCUGGCAGAGAAAGGCUGUGCUUUGGAUGACAUUGUUGCACAGUUGAAUGAAGCUACGAAAAAAAUAGGCACAUUGGGCGUUAGUCUGUCUCCAUGCAGUGUGCCUGGAUGCCUGCCGACUUUCCAGCUUCCACCAGGAGAGAUGGAGCUGGGACUGGGGAUCCACGGAGAGCCAGGUAUAAAGAGAUCAAAGGUGGACUCUGCAGAUGAAGUUGUGAAAAACAUAAUUAAUCACAUGACUGAUUCCUCAAACAAGUCACAUCUGUCCCUGAAGUCAGGAGACAAGGUGGUGCUGUGUGUGAAUAAUCUGGGCGCUCUCUCGUGUUUGGAAAUAGCUGUGGUCUCUAAAGCGGCCAUACACUGCCUAGAGGAGCGAGGCGUGCUUGUUUCCAGGGUGAUGUCUGGGUCAUUUAUGACAUCACUGGAGAUGGCAGGAAUGUCUCUUUCUUUAAUGAAGGUGGAUGAAGAGAUGCUCAGACUGUUUGAUGCUAAAACCACAGCCCCCGCCUGGCCAAACCUCAGCACAGCCUCUGUGAGUGGAAGAAACCUGUUUGUGGAACCAGCUGCAAAACCUGCUGCGGCUUCAGACAAAUGUAGUGAAGGUGCUCUUUCAUCUGUCAUUCGUCUGGUUUUGGAGGCCGUGUGUAAGAUUCUCCUUCAGCGCCAGGAGGAACUUAAUGCUUUGGACCGUGCAGCAGGAGAUGGAGACUGUGGGAGCACACAUGCUCUCGUAGCCAAUGCCAUUCAGGAGUGGCUCCAGACCAGCAGAAUCCCUGGAAACCUUGGUCAGCUUCUGGCAGAUCUGGCUCUGCUGGUGCAAGAACGGAUGGGAGGAUCAUCAGGGGCGUUAUAUUGCUUGUUUUUGUCCGCGGCUGCCCCCCAUCUAAGACAAAACUGUGAUGGUGCUGCUUGGGCCAAAGCAUUGCAUGCUGGGACAGAAGCCAUGAAGAGAUAUGGAGGUGCUGAACCAGGAGAUCGUACCAUGCUGGAUGCCCUAUGCCCGGCUGUGGAGGAGCUGAAGAAGCUGUCCACAGCGCCCCCUGGUGGUCUCAUUAAAGUGCUACAAGCAGCAGCGGAGAAAGCAGAUUUGGGAGCAGAAUCGACCCGUAAUCUUACUGCAAGGGCUGGACGUGCCAGUUAUGUUGCGUCUGAACAUUUGACCCAGCCGGACCCUGGUGCUGUGGCGGUCGCUGCCAUCUUGAGGGCCGUACUCGAUUCCUUAAAAGCCUAGAGUUGGAGUAGCUUGCUAACAUGUAGGAAACAAAGGCUGUUGAUUUACUACACAUUCAAGAAGAUGCAAUAUUAACAUACUCUCCAAUCAAAGGUAAUUGUGACAUCAGUAGGUAUUUUCAGCAGUCAGCAUUGUUUGAUUAACAUAACAAUCCUGGCUCUGUCAUUUUGGGUUGAUGAAAUAACCCCAUUUAAAGGGGUCAUGAACCAGUGUGCUCUAUUUUGUAGUUUUCUUAGACGUCCACUUAUAUGUAGAUAAUGUUAUCAGGAUUUACAAAUCAUGUAGUAGGAUAUUUUCUGUCUUUUUUUGACCCCCUCAUUGGAACACACUGGUUGAAUAGGUGUCAGAUAUUAGGCUCUGAAAUAAACACUCACUGAUGUAAUUGGCUGAUUUGCUCAUACAGUAACUCUUUUAAGAAAGUUGGAUAAGGACAACUGUGUGUCCACCAAUGUAUGAUUCUGCAUACAUAAUAAUAAUAAUAAUAAUAAUAAUAAUAAUAAUGUUUAUUUUAUAUAGCACCUUUCCAGUGCUCAAGGACGCUUUAACAAGACGAUAACAAAGUUAAAAAAUAACUAAAUAAAUGCAUGUUGGACAGCCUACAUCCUUCAUAUUUGGAUAGUGUUGUGUACCUAUUAAACUAACUCUAAUAACAGAAAAAGCAGUAGUGAUUCAUAUCAAAUGAGUGGCCUGAUUCAAGAAACAAAACAAAUAAAAAACAAAACUUGCAAUAUUAAUUGUUUCAUAAAAUAGGACUUCUCCUAUUUUCAUGUACAGGAAUUGUGUCUUGAUUUAAGAAUGUCCAAAAUUUUACAAAUGUAAGCAAGACAUGAUCUUUUGCACUGUAUCUUUGUAAUUAUCAUUAUAUAAUUAUAAUUUUCAUUAUAUUCUCUUUUUUUAAUAAAUAAUGUCAGAAUUGUGAAUUUUUUUUUAUGAAUCUCCCUUUAAUUUGACUGUCAGAAUUGCAUACAUGCGCUUACAUGAGACUACCGACUGCACAAAAUAGUAAUAAUAGUAUAAAUAAAAAUAAAUCUUAUGUUAUGUAUUGAAAGUGGGGCGAUGCGGUGGCGCAGUGGGUAGCACUUCUGCCUCACAGCAAGAAAGUUGCUGGUUCAAGCCUUGGCUGGGUCAGUUGGCAUUUCUGUGUGGAGUUUGCAUGUUCUCCCCAUGUUCGUGUGGGUUUCCUCCGGGUGCUCCUGGAUCCCCACAAGUCCAAAGACGUGGUAUAGGUGAAUUGGGUAUGCUUAUAUUGAUCAUAGUGAAUGUGUGUAUGGAUGGUAUAUAUGGUUUCCCCAUGAUUGGUUGUAGCUGGAAGGGCUGGAUAAGUUGUUGGUUCAUUCCACUGUGGCGACCCCAGAUUAAUAAAAGGACUAAGCUGAGAAGUAAAUAAAUGUAUUGAAAGUUUUCACGUCUAGGUUAAGAGAUGAGGAGCAUUACUUUAUUUUGAAGUCAAUUAAAUUAUUGGUAGGGACAUUUCAGUAAUUGAUAGAUCUUGGUGGGUACACGUCCCCUCCAUCCAUGCCCAUUCUACGCCCUUGCUUUAAAGGCACCAUUGGGUGUAGCUAAUAUAUUUUUGUUGCUUGUAUUAUUUUAUUAUGCUUGUAUUACUCACUGAAGCUAAGCAAGGCUGAGCCUGGUCAGUACCUGGAUGGAAGACCACAUGGGAAGACUAGGUUGCUGUUGGAAGUGGUGUUGGAAGAGAGGCCAGCAAGCGGUGCUCAUCCUGUGGUCAGUGUGAGUCCUAAUGCCCCAGUAUAGUGAAGGGAACACUAUACUGUCAGUGGGCGCCAUCUUUCAGAUAAGACGUUAAGGUUGAUUUAUACUUCUGCAUCAAGCACACGCAUAUGCUCUGGCGCAGCCUUCGCGCGGUUGCAUAGCCCUUGCUGUGGCCGUUGCUGAAGCGCACCUUUUAAAAAAUUUACCUACACAUCGCAACGACGCAUAGCGCAAGCUCUGUGAUUGGUCGGCUUGGUAACGCUGAAGAGUGUGGACAGGACCGAGAGCCUUGUGAACCCUCUGGAGCGAGUGUUUACAAGUGUCAAGUCCUAUGAAGAGUGUCUAGAUGGAAAGUUUGGUUUUGUGUUUACCUCAUGAUUAAAGUUGUUGCACAUCCACCGGUUCCAGCCUCAAAAUAAGAGUUUGAGCCACUUGUACAAUAAGGUAGCUUUCAGAAAAAACAAAACACCUGCGAAGAAACUCGACACAGAGGAAUAUAAAAACCUUACUGCUAGUUAGCGUUAGCAUCAUUGCAGAGCAACACAAACAGCAUGCAGAAGUAUAAAUGCAUGGAAACGCGCAAUGCAUGUGUCAUGCCGUUCACUCGACGCAGAAGUAUAAACCAGGCUUUAAACCGAGGUCCUGACUCUCUGUGGUCAUUAAAAAUCCCAAAGCACUUCUCAUAAAGAGCAAGGGUCUAACCCUGGUGUCCUGCCCAAAUUCCCUCCACUGACCCUUACCCAUCAUGGCCUCCCUAUCCUCCCCAUCCACUAAAUUGGCUUUAUCACUCUCUCUCAUAAGGUCAAGAAUCUUGGUGUGACUCUGAAGUCAGAUAUGAGUUUCAAUAGUCAUGUCAAAGCAGUUAGUAAAUCAGCAUACUAUCAUCUCAAAAACAUUGCAAGAAUUAGAUGCUUUGUUUCCAGUGAAGACUUUCAGAGAAACUUGUUCAUGCUUUUAUCAGCAGCAGGGUGGAUUACUGCAAUGGCCUCCUCACUGGCCCUCCUAAAAAACAGACACUUGCAGCUCAUCCAGAAUGCUGCGGCCAGAAUUCUGACCAGAACCAGAAAAUCAGAGCACAUCACACCUGUCCUCAGGUCUUUACACUGGCUCCCAGUUAGAUUCAGAAUAGAUUUUAAAGUAUUAAUACUUGUCUAUAAAUCCCUAAAUGGCCUAGGACCUCAAUACAUUACAGAUAUGCUCACUGAAUUAAAACCUAACAGAUCACUCAGAUCUUUAGGAUCAUAUAAACAAGAAAUUCCAAGAGUUCAGUCAAAGCAGGGUGAAUCGGCCUUCAGCUAUUACGCCCCCCGCUGCUGGAAUCAGCUUCCAGAAAUUAUCAGAUGUGCUCCAACAUUAGGCACAUUCAAGUCAAGACUGAAAACACAUCUGUUAAGCUGUGCCUUUACUGAAUGAGCACUGUACUAUAUCUGACGAAUCGCACUAUUAUGUCUUUCUUUUGCUUUUCAUUCUUUUAUAACCUGUUUUAACACAUUUUAAUCUGCUUUUAAUCCUUUUUAUUAUUUGUUUUUAUUUACUUAUACUUUUUAUUCUUGUUUAUGUAAAGCACUUUUAAUUGCCAUUGUGUAUGAAAUGUGCUCUAUAAAUAAAUGUGCCUUACCUAGCCUUGGUAGAGGUGUAUGGAGA